AUGGAGCCAGAGCGCACUGAGAACAUCUCAGAGGAGAAACCACUGCUGUCGGAAGAAUCCGUGGGUAUCACGAUUAACGAAUCAAUUUCUGGGAUAAUUGUUUUGAAAGUCAAGACACUCAGCGAGAAGCCGCUGCGUGUAGAGAUUGUGCACUCGGCUAGCGUGGCGGAGCUCAAGGAACUCGUGAAGAAGAAAGUCAAUGCCGAGGGCAAGUUUUUGCGUCUAAUUCAUCAAGGCAAGAUGCUCUCGGAUGACAAGGCCACAUUAGAAAGCUGCAAGGUCAAAGACGAUGACUUCGUUCAUUGUGCAAUCAGUGCGGCUCCUCCGAAAGCGAUAAUCAAUCAAGUCGCGUCUACAGCUAUUGAAUUAGAGGAACAAGAUGAUGAAACCACGAGAAGGGGCUUCGACAGGCUACGUGAUAGACUUAGUCGGGAGGAGAUUCAGGCUUUACGUUUAUACUUUUAUCCUCAACUUUCAGUCUUCAUAAGCCGGGCUGAACGCAUUCAUGGUGAGAGCAGUGAGGACCGGAUUUAUCGAUUGGAAGAGGAGUGGAUGGCAUCUCAAGGACCGCAGUCUGAGUUUGCACUUAAUGUUGUGCCAACGGCGCGUAUUGCGACAGAUACUCAAAUUGAUAUAAAUGGUAUGAGCAACUCGAUCCUGGCAGCAGAUAAUGAAGGCACCGGCACUGAAUUUCUUUGGGGGUUCUUGAUGGGCCUAUUGCUUGGUGUAUUUAUGCUAUUAAUGCUUCUUGACCGUUCCGUCCCUCGAAAGCAAAAGGUUGGCCUGCUACUCGGCGUGAGCAUGAAUUUUUUCUUGAGUGUUGUGCCACGUGCUGUGUCCGACCAAUAG